GAAACCGCGCAGCAUUGCAUUUUGGGAUAUCUUCCUCCAUCAUGGCGGAUUAGGUAGUCGGCUAACGUUAACGGUUAGCAUUGUCACGAUUGUUUGGUUUCACACAUUGAAGGGGUGCAGCUAUCUGGCAUUUUCUACACAGGGACUGCAUCCACCGAAUAAACUGGUGUUGAGUGACGGUGCAGCACGCCAGUGUCAUUAAGAGGGCAUUUUACAAAAAUCAGGGAGAACAGCACAAUGGAAUGUGCAUUGGACAUCCCCUCAGGUGAUGACGAGGCACCUGAGAAAGAUGAAAUUAAUGCAAAGGAAGGGAAUGAGCCACCCCACAAGAAAAACAAGAAGCACAGAAAACACAAGAGCAAGAAGAAGAAGAGGAAGAAGAAGGGGGAAAAGGAGAGCAGUUCAGAAUCUGGUGCUGAGUCGGAUGCAGAGCCUCCGCCGCCGCCGCCGAGGGCUGUCAGGACCACCAGAGCCAGUGCCAGACUGGCAGCAGCUACAGGAGCUGGAGACCCAGCUGGGCUAAAGGAGGAUUGCAGGAGGGACGUAAUUACAGAUCGUGCAGACACAGAGGGAGAUGCAAAAUCCAAAAAACACAAAAGACACGCUGCCAAGAAGAAGAAAAAGAAGAAGAAGAAAGAAGAAAAGCAGGAGAAGAAAUCCCCAUCUCGCUCCCCAUCUGAAAGCAGCUCAGCUUCAGGCUCCGAGUCUGAAGGUGAAGGAGGGAAAGGGGCUGCUGAUGGCAAAUACUCUCCUGCUGCAGUAUCUGAACUGCAAGACCCAGUGUCCAAACUGGUUUCAAAAAGCAAACGAGGGGAGAAAGCUGAAUUGCUUGGAGUGAAGAAAGAGGAGAUAUCAGAUAUGGAUGUGUCCCCAUCUGGAGGGAAGGGCAGUAACACCAAUCGAUCAGAAAAAGAUACGAGGUCCCCCUCUGCAGGCCAGGAUGAGAUAACACAGACAGUGACAGUUAAGGUUAAGACAGAGGGUAGUCAUGCUGAUGGUACAUUCAGCCAUGCCCAGGAACUCCCUGACAUCAUCCCUAAACAGGAAGGUGCUACCGCAAGAGAUGACCCAGGCCUGAAAGAUCAGGCAAAUACAGUUCAGAGGGCAAAGGUCAGGGAGCGCGAUUCAUCCAGGUCCAGGUCUCCUUCCCCUCCCAGGGGCAUAGACAUUAAGAGGUCUGGGUCAAGUCAUAGUCGUUCCCCAACAUCUAGUCCUAGUAGGCAGCCCUCUGAUGGGCAAACAGCAGCAGCAGCAAAGAAAGAACGGUCAAGAACCCACUCCAGGUCAACCUCGAAGGGAAAACGGUCUACAACUCCUUUAAAGAGUCGGCAGCUGUCCCGCUCUCAGUCCCGCUCUCAGUCCCCUAAAUCUAGGAGGAAGUCUCUCACCCCGUCUCCCAAGAGAGCUAUCUGCCAGUCCCGGUCCACCUCUCGCUCCCUCACCCCAAAGAAGAUAUCAAAGGCUCCAAGGAAGUCCAAGUCUCCUAAACGUAGGAGGAGUUCAUUGUCUGUUUCUCCAAAGCGACGCAGAAGUUCCCGCUCUCCCAAAAGAAAGGUGUCGCGAUCCCCUAAACGUGGUGGGCGCAGGUCCCCCUCUCUAUCUCGGUCUCCAAGGAGAAGUCGAAGGUCAGAGUCACGUCCCCGUGGAGGCACAACACACUCCAGGGCCCGAUCACCUAGACGAGGUGGUGCAGUUGGCAGGCGUUCAAGGUCACGUUCCAUCACGAGAAACCGUCGCUCCAGCUCUAAAUCUAGACGCCCCCUUCGUCGCUCCAGGUCGCGGUCACCGGCAAGGCGUGCAGGAGGUAGGCGCUCCAGGAGUCGAUCUUUGUCUAAACGUAGGAGGUCACCACCCCCCAGAUCCCGCCGCUCACGCUCCCGGUCGACCCGCAGGAGCAGGCGAACCCGGUCCCGAUCCGUUGUGGUCCUCAAGCGCAACCGGCGCUCCAGAUCUAAAAGUACCCGCAAACGGACCAGAUCCAAAACCCCUUCCUCUCGACGGCGCACCCGUUCCCCCGCCAGGAGAAAUCGUUCUCCACCGAGGUCUGGCAAACGCUCCAAAUCUCGCUCGUUGUCUCAAAGGCAUCGGUCAAAGUCACACUCACCACUACCUGUCAAGAGGAAGUCCAAAUCUCCUAGGAAGAGUGGAAGAAGGUCAAAGUCUAAAUCAGUCUCUGUGGGCUUGAACAGAUCCAAGUCCAGGUCUGAGUCAAGUGAUGGGCGGUCUGACAACUCCUCCCCAGCCAGAUCCACAUCUUCUUCUCCUGUUAAACAGAUAAAGCCUUCCUCUCCUGAAGCAAAGCAGACAGCUGGAGAAAGUGGAGGAUUUACAGCUACAGCAGGUGCCUGGAAACCCAUGCCCUCAUCAGAUGCCAGUUCCUCAGAUACGUUGCAGGAGCAGCCUCAGAUGCUUUCUCCUAACCACGACAAGGAACAGAGGGCGCGUACCAGCUCAUCCAAUGAACGAGAUGUUUCCAGGUCCAGGUCCGGUUCUAGAGAGCCCAGCACUGGCCCAGAUGGGUCAGAUUGUUCAGCAGGCUCAGAUGAAGAAGAGGUUUCUUUCUCCCCAGUUAAAACGGCAUCUAAACACCAGAAAAGCUCAACUUCUUCACCUCGACGAUCAACAUCCAAGUCUACAUCUCGAAGGAAGCAGUCUAGGUCCAAGUCUCCUGUGAGGAAAAGAGAAUCUGUCUCUCCAUCAGAAAGGAAGAAACGACGGUCUAAGUCUCGGAGUCCUGCCUGGCGACGGAGGUCGCGCUCUGCUGCGCGGCGUAAACGUUCACGCUCCAAGUCACGAACCAGAAUCCGGCGAUCCAAGUCCCGCUCUCCAGCCCGAAAAAGACGAUCCCGCUCACCCAAUGCCCGUGGGAGGAGGAGGUCCAAGUCCACAGACAGAAGCAAGCGAUCAAAGAGCCGCUCCACAGGCCGGAGGAAAAGGUCAGGAGACAGAAGUAGGCGAUCAAGGUCUCGUUCUUCUGAUCGCAGACGCAGGUCUAGGUCAAGGGGCCGAGGGAGGCGCCCGGUGUUUCGCAGUCGUUCGUUUGAUAGGCGGGACAGGUGGAAAAGGGAACCCAGCCACUCUCCAGUUCUCAUUCUUCGCAAACAGCGACGCUCAGGGUCCCGGACACGACGCAGCACCAGCAAGACUCCUCCACGCCUCACUGACCUGGAUAAGGACCAGUUGCUGGAGAUAGCCAAAGCUAAUGCUGCUGCUAUGUGUGCUAAGGCAGGGGUUCCCAUUCCUGAGAGUCUUCGGCCGAAAGCCAUUCUCCAGCUCCCUCUACCCACUCCAUCUCCUACCCCCCUCUCCUUACCUCUACCGUUACCUCUCCCAAUGGGCAUGGGGAUGCCCAACAUGCCGAAUAUGCCCAACAUGGGUCAAAUGGGGAUGCCCAAUAUUCCAGGAAUGCCCAGCAUGUCAAACAUCACCAUGAGUGCCGCUAUGGCAAGUAUGACAGCAGCUACUAUGACAGCUGCCUUGACCAACAUGGGUGCCCUGGCAUCCAUGCCUCCCCUUGCCCCGCUUCCUACCAUCACUAACAAACCUCCCCCAUGUCUCGUCCCCCCAACGCCAACCCUUAACCUGGACCACAUCGAGGAAGCAAAGAGGAAGGUCACACAGCAAGCUAACAUUCACACCAUCAAGGAGCUUACUGAGAAGUGUAAGAUGAUUGCAAAUAGCAAGGAGGAGAUGGCUAUUGCUAAACCCCAUGUCUCGGACGAUGAAAGCUAAAACCGCCAAGCCCUCACGACACCCACUCCCCUCAAAAGACUGAAGGAAAAUGUAAAAAAAAAAAAAAAAUGCAGGAGGACCUACCUUCCCACAGUUCCCUUUGGCAGCCAGAUGACCUGACUGAGCCUCAUAAACCAAGAAGAAGAAGAGCACCCAAGUUGUCACAGUUACAAUAUAGGCACACCAGCCACUGCCCCACUCAGCGUGUGUGUGUGCGUGCGUGUGUGUGUGUGUGUGUGUGUGUGUGUGUGUGUGUGUGUGUGUGUGUGUGUGUGUGUUACCACUGAGUGAACUGGACACAUUGACGUGUGUACAGUUGUAUGACUGUAUAGUGGGUGUGGGUCUGUGUAUGAAUUGUUGGUGAGUGUGUAUAUAUAGUUACUUUCACCACCUCAGUGUUUCUGCUCAUGUAAGCAGUCACUGACUGUAAGAGGAAACAAACCAACUAGUGGCGCAAGUGUUUUUGUAAAAGAUUAGUUUCUCUAAAUUGCUUUAACUUUUAAUGCUUUCUUAAAGAAUUGUGUCAAGUGGAGACUGCUUCCUUGUUCUGCUGUAUUCCCCUCGGUCAUCGCCAAUUCCUAGUUUUAUAAACAGAUAAUGCAGACAAAGUUUUGGUACAUUCUUACAUGUGAUUUGUUUUCACAAGCCCGGGUUUUCAGGGCAAAUGAGUGACCACAUGUGAAUCCUGGAACAUGGUGCCAGAUGUGAUUAUUUUGAAGGAAUGGAAUAACUGAAUAUAUUGACUGCAAGAAGAAGUUUUGAUUUUUGGCUAUGAUAAAGAUUAACAUCUUCAUUCACAAAACAUAACUUUUAGCACUGCCCUGGGUGUGAUUUUUGUUCCCUCUACUUUAAACUGCACCGACCUAAUCUUUGACUCUACUCUGGUUUUUCAUUUGGACUUUUUUUGAAAACAUGUUUGUUGUAUAUUUAAAUGGAUAUUUUAUCUGCCACACUUUUAACACCAAUAUCCUAACAUGCAGUGUUGUGUGUUUUGCAGAUAUAAUAUAAUUUAAGAUGCAUAAAAAGCAUACCAUUAGUAUUUCCAUGAUAGGAUUUAAAAAAAAAAAAUAGAAGACAUUUGGUUGAGUGUAAACAUUUGAAAGGUCUAUAUUUCUAUUCGUUAUCCAGCUUUGAUUUUGAAAGCAAUGCUGGUUGAUUGCUGUCUUGGAGAUCCCACAUGUCUGGACCUUGCCAUCAGAACAUAACCUACCAUAAUACCCAUAAUCCCAGAUUCAUAUCACAACUGAAAUCCAAUUGACUUGACCUUGAGCCACCAAGCUUUAGCUAUAGCAAUGUAACAUUUUUUUGUUUUCCUGAUAAGAAACCAGAUGGGUGAAAAUGUAACUUCCCUUAAACUUCACAAUGUAAAUUAAGGUAAUUACUUGUUUAGAAUAAAAUGUCUAAUUCACUGUUACUGAAUACAUGAUAAGCAAUAGGCAUUUUUUUUUAUUUUUUAAAUACGCUUUAUAUAUGCUUUUGCCUUUCUGUUGCUGUUUAUUAUUAAAACAUCAGUGGCUUUUAUUCAGGCACACAUGAACAUAAUUAAUGUUGUGCUGGGGCUGACAAAUUACUUGUAGUGGUUAUAGAGUUGAAUGUAGAAAGUUGAGUAUGUCCCGAACUGUGCGAUUGUUAAACGUUUUUUGUAUAGACAAUCAAGGUUCUUUGUCUUAAGAUGCUUUUUUUGGAGAAAGAACUAUAACCACAAUUUAUACAUAUUGCAGCAUUGUAAUCAGGUUGCAAAUAAGAGAAUUGUCAUGGAUAACUGUGCAAACAAUGAAAAACCCAGCAAGCCCUUUUCAUUUAAUCCACUGACGCGUUUAAUAUUUGCUGUAAAUGUUACCCUUGCCCCUAGUUGGUCUUCUGUGUGAGCUGCGUCUGGGUAAACACGUACAUGUUUUACUCAAUGCUUUUGUACCCUUGGAUAACUGAUGAACAAGGCAAACUUGGUGCUUUGGGGACAUUUGGCAGGGGUGAGGUUUUUGAGGAAUCUUGCACUCAUAACUCAUUAAUUUUCAUUGGAGAGGGAAAUAAUUCUGGAUUCAUUAUUUUUUGUCGACCUCCCACACCCAGGGCUGUUUAACUGGAAGAUAAUCUGUUAGGGUUUCCAACUGACUAUACUGUCUGUACCAAAAGCAUUGUUGAAUUGAUUCCCUGAGGUAAUCUUUAGCUAUUUUAAUGAUAGAAAAAAGAUGAAAAUGCAUUUUAGAUUUUUUUUUUGUUUUUUGGGCCAUUUGAAUAUGACAUUGCCUGCUUUGUACAUACAUGUGUUGAUGAUUAUUAAAAACCUCAAUGAUCUGUA